ACAGCCUCUCCGCAGCUCCUGGACCCCGCGGAGAGACCCGGCUCUCAGCAUGAUGCGUCGUGCGCCUAUAGACAGUUCUCUGACCGCAGCUCUCUGUGCUACGGCUUUGCGCUGGACCAUUCCAGGCUGGUGGAGGAGAGGCACUUCCACACCCAGGCCUGCGAGGGCGGCCGGUGUGAGGCAGGCAGAAAGCAGAGAAGCCUAUGAAAACAGCAUGCCUCACAUCGCUUCCGUCCACAGGAUCCACGGGCGAGGUCAUUGGGAUGAAGAUAGUGUGGUCAGUUCUCCAGACCCUGGGUCUGCCAGCGAAUCAGGUGACCGAUACCGCACUGAGCAGUAUCAAAGUAGCCCACACGAGCCUAGCAAAAUUGAAACUCUGAUAAGAGCCACCCAGCAAAUGAUUAAAGAAGAAGAGAACAGAUUGCAGCUAAGGAAAGCCCCCCCAGACCAACUGGCUUCCAUUAAUGGAGCUGGGAAAAAACACUCCCUCUGUUUUACAAACUACCAACAGCCCCCGCCAACAGGGGAUGUCUGCCACAGCUCGGCUCUUGCCAACACUUCACCAUGUGACCACAUCCAGCAGAGAGAGGGAAAGAUGCUGAGCCCCCACGAAAAUGACUAUGACAACAGUCCCACUGCACUGUCUCGAAUAAGUAGUCCCAAUUCGGAUCGCAUUUCAAAAUCCAGUUUGAUCCUAGCUAAAGACUAUCUACAUUCGGAUAUGUCUCCACAUCAGACAGCGGGAGACCAUCCUGCCGUCUCUCCAAACUGCUUUGGUUCUCACCGGCAGUAUUUUGAUAAGCAUGCUUACACAUUAACUGGAUAUGCCCUGGAGCACUUAUAUGACAGUGAAACCAUUAGAAACUAUUCCUUGGGCUGUAAUGGCUCACACUUUGAUGUAACUUCCCAUCUAAGGAUGCAGCCAGACCCGGCACAAGGACACAAGGGAACAUCUGUUAUAAUAACCAAUGGAAGCUGAUGUUUUUCUAAAAUAUUUUGUUCUUUAAGGAUCUCUGAAACAUAUUUAUAGUUUAAUGCCCCAUUACCAGCAUUUACUAUGCCACAGAUGGUUAGAGAGGAUAAUUUAAGUUACUGGAUAUUUGACAUGUGUUCCUGCAAAAUCAAAGAGCACUAGCAUUCAGGGUUACACACAGACAAUGUAGUUAAAAUGAAUACAUAAAUUGCCCAUCUAAUUAUAUGGAACCAGAAUAGAUAAAUUUUGAAUUGAAAAGUACUCUUGUAGAUUAAGUGAGCAUAUAUACCACAUGAAAGGACUGGUAGAAGACAGUAUUGCAUUGUGAUGUAAACCUCAUACACACAGACCACUUAUCCACAAACUGCUAUGUACACUUUACAUGCAGAAAUGUCAACUAUAUACCUUAAAUACAACCCACAAAUGGGUAAGUUUUCUUAACCCUAGCACAUUAAGCUUAUUAAAGAAAUUUCCAUUCCUAAAAUAACUAAGAAAGAGAGAGAUACAUCUUGUAAACUGGUUUCUUCAUUGUGAUUUCAACCAGUCAGCUCAUUUGGUUCAGGCAUAAAUUAGGGAAAUGGUUCUGGGCAUGGUACAAGAAUGAGUUUCCACCUGGUAUCCAUUUUAAGCAAUCAGGAAGUGGUGAUUUUUCACUUUAUUUUUGAGUUAGACAAGGAACAGGAUCACACUGACAUAGCAGUAAGGGUUUUCUAAGUAAAAGCACCGAGAUGUUGGGACACACAUCAAAAAUCUGGCAUGCCCAAUUGGAAAUAGUUUAGUAAAGAUGGAAAGGCCAGAGACAGAGAGAAAUGAAAUGAUAUCUCAACACAAACAAUUUAAGCCUCCGAAUAUGUAAUCAACAUAUUUCGGGCUAUAAAACCAACCAAAUUAAAAACUCAAACCGAUUCACCAAGAAAAAAGGCUGCUAAGUGCAAGAAAGAACUAAGGAAAGCCAAUGGAGGGCUAUAUGGCAGCAG